GCUCUGUUGUUUUACGCAAAUGGCCCGGGCCUGUUGGCCCUCUCAUUGGCUGAAACCACAGUCAGAUUCCAGCGCACAUUAUCUGAUUGUAAAUCAGGGAGGGGAGAAGAGGGGCGAUGCGCGAUGCUUUACUGUGGUUUGCUUUUUGAAUUCUGGGAUUGGAUUUAACAACACGCUUCUUACGCUGCGACAAUUAAUUUUUUUGGAGAACAUUCCCUCGAUUAUAGUUCGGUUUAAUUUGAUAAAAAAAAAAAGACUCAAGAUGCCACGGUCGUUUUUGGUGAAAAAGAAAAAGUCCGCCUCUUAUAAUAUGCACCGAUCAUACGACGACCCGCGGGUGGCCCUGCGAACCGACGAGCUGUCGGAAACCGUCCAGUCCAGUCCGGACUCUUCGUCGAGACCUUCCCCGGUGUUCCAUCAGAGUCAAGAAGACCCGCAGGACCCCGAGGAGCGGGCCUGCGCACUGGGCCCCCCGGAGCCUAUCCGGCACUCCGUCGCUCAGACAGCCCCGUUCUACCUGACCGAACCCCACAUUCCCGAGUACCCUCCGUACUACAAGACGUCGAUAGCGUGGGACGCGCUGCCUUGCUCCUACGACCUGCGGCAGCUGAGCUUCAGCCCCAGGGUCCUGCAGCACGCGGGCAGUGUGUACGGCGAGCGCCUCAGCCGCAGCCCCACCCCCCAGCAGCCGCUGGACUACAGCCCCCAGUACUCCCCAACCUCCAUGAGCUACCACUGCAUCACCUGCGAGAAGGUGUUCUCGACGCCCCACGGGCUGGAGGUCCACGUGCGGCGCUCCCACAGUGGCACCCGGCCCUUCGGCUGCAACGUCUGCCGCAAGACCUUCGGCCACGCCGUCAGCCUGGAGCAGCACAUGAACGUCCACUCUCAGGAGAAGAGCUUUGAGUGCAAAAUGUGCGGCAAGACGUUCAAGCGGUCGUCCACGCUGUCCACCCACCUGCUCAUCCACUCCGACACGCGGCCCUACCCCUGCCAGUACUGCGGCAAGAGGUUCCACCAGAAGUCGGACAUGAAGAAGCACACGUACAUCCACACCGGUGAGCCUCAGGUGAGAAGCCCCAUAAGUGCCAGGUUUGUGGCAAGGCCUUCAGCCAGAGCUCCAACCUCAUCACCCACAGCCGGAAACACACAGGCUUCAAACCCUUUGGCUGUGAGAUCUGCAGCAAGGGCUUCCAGCGCAAGGUGGACCUCCGUCGCCAUCAAGAGAGCCAGCACAGUCUGAAGUAAGGACCUGGAGGACUUCUGGAGAGAAGAUCUCACAGGGUCCAUGACGCUGGUCAAAGGGUUUCAAAAGACAAGGACCUUGAAUGAAAAAGAUGUGGUUCCCAACCUGUGGGUCGGGUUCCCACUUACGGUCGCCUGAUAUGCAUAUUGGGUCACUGAGAGAAGGCUGUCUUGAGGAUGUAUUUUUGUUUAAAUAUAAUAAUUGGAAAAACUUAGCAGAUAUUUUCUUUUCAAGAAAGCUAGGAAGAUCAUGCAAUUUAUCUUAUUCAUGUAAUUCUUGAACCCCGAAUCUCCAAAUGUAGCUAUAUAGUAGCUGAAGUCUAAUGGGAGCAAUUCAAGAAUUGUCCUUGAAAUGAAGAGUUUUGUUUACAUUUUUAAAGAUAUUUAAGAUAGUUUAUUUGAAUGUGACUCUCUUUAGCACUUUGAGCUAUUUUAUGUGAAGUGCAUUACAAAUACAAUGUAUAUUAUUAUUGAUAUUGUUUAUAUUAUUAUAAUUUAAAACAUUAUGGCAUUUGACCCAUGUGAAAUUACUGUUUAGUUGUAAAUAUAUAUGCGUGUUUCAGAAAAACCCACUGAAUAAAGUGUGUGGUGAAAAGAAAAUAAAUCUUUGUUGCUGUU